AUGGGCAUUAUGUGGAGCGACAUGCAUAUUAAAGAUCCAUCGACGCUUAUAAAAGCAUUGCAACCGUUUAAAAGUUUGAGCCAUCUAUUUAUUUGUUUUGUGGAACAGACUGUCGAGGGCGAGUUGUUCAAGAAGGGGAACAUAAUCGGUGGAUUGAUGAUGUCGCUGGUUCGCAGAGAAGGAUCACAGAUCCGGAGUAGAUUUUUGUUUAGAAUCUUGGACGAAUAUGAAGAGCUCGCCAAACGGAUGAACGUGGCCUUGGAUGAGGCUGAAAUAUCAACGGAGUUAGGGAUUAGAAUGGUGAGGCUUGAGAAAUGA